GGGAAGGGCGGCAUGCUACCGCGAGAUGCAAGAAUGUCCCCUUUUGUGAUACAAGGUGGAGUUGUUGCGUGUGGAGUGAGACAUUGACCGCCGACAAUAUCAGCAUGCCUUGUCCUACGAAUUCCACUGGCUUCAUCCAAAGUCUUUCGUCGACCUGCCGGAUUGUCCAGUCAACAGCUGAGUCAAUAUUCCAACAAUGGGUUCCCUUUCGGUUCUCACUGAGCACGAUGUUACCAUCACCUCCUUCACGGUCACAGACUUGCGAUUCCCAACAAGUCUAGAUGGUGUCGGCUCCGAUGCCAUGCAUGUGGGCACGAAUGGCUCUCAUCCAUUCAUCCAGCUCCAGACAAACCGCGAUGGGUUGAUCGGAGAAGGCAUUGCCUUUAGCAAUGGCCGGGGCAGCGAACUGAUCUGCAUGGCGCUAAAUAUCUUUGGGAAAAGAGUCGUCGGCAAGACGAUGCACGAGCUGACCCGGGACAUGGGUAAGACCUGGCGAUACAUGGUCUCCGAUUCACAGUAUCGAUGGAUCGGCCCUGAAAAGAGCGUUACGCAUCUGGCGGUUGCAGGCGUCCUCAAUGCCGUCUGGGACCUGUGGGGAAAGAUCCUCGGCAAGCCAGUCUGGCAAAUUAUCUGCGACAUGAGCCCGGAGGAGAUUGUCAGAUGCAUUGAUUUCCGAUACAUCACCGACGUGAUCACGCCAGAGUCGAGUAUUGAAUUGCUCAAGACGACCCAGAAGAACAAGGAGGCUCGCUUACAAGAGGCGAAAGAGAAUCGAGCAGUCCCGGCAUAUACCACGUCACCUGGAUGGCUAGCUUUCUCGGGUGAUCGCAUGCGAGAAGUUCUGGAGGAGACAAUCGCUGAAGGAUACACGGUAUUCAAGUUCAAGGUGGGAACCAGUGUCGAGGCCGAUCGCGAACGACUGGCCGCCGUCAGGGAGGUUCUCGGGUACGACAAAGGACACCAGAUCAUGAUUGAUGCCAACCAAGUCUGGAGCGUCCCGCAAGCCAUCGAAUACAUGAAGCACUUGGUAGAAUUCAAGCCUGUCUUCAUUGAGGAGCCGACCAACCCAGAUGAUGUAUUGGGCCAUGCUGCCAUUCGCAAGGCUCUGAAGCCGUACGGGGUUGGUGUAGCCACUGGAGAAGCAGCCCAAAAUCGGGUGACGUUCAAGCAGCUCCUCCAAGCAGAGGCUACGGACGUCUGCCAGAUUGACGCCGUGAGACUUGGUAGCGUGAAUGAAUGUCUCGCCGUCAUGAUCAUGGCUCUCAAGUUCAAUGUCCCCUGCGUCCCCCACAACGGCGCUAUGGGCUUGACCGAAAUGACUUCCCACCUGAGCACAAUCGACUACAUUGCCAUCAGUGGGCGAAAGUCGAUGCUAGAGAUGGCCGAUAGCCAUCGCGAGAACCUGCGCCACCCGUCCAAGAUUGAGAACGCACAUUACGUCACCCCGCUGGCUCCUGGAUAUUCCACAGGCUACAGCGAGGGGGUGUUGGAGAAGUACACUUAUCCCACUGGUAGCUUCUGGAGUAGUGAUAUUGGGCUGGAAAUUAUGGCUCAACCUACCGGAGGAGAGUUGUAGAUUAUGUACUGUAUGUAAGAGUCGUGGUUGCGAGUCUAGACAUCAAGUUGUGUGUUUCCAUAAACGUCAAUAAACAUUAUCCGUAUUUAUACACGGGACAGAAUCCGCUGUUUUCUUUGCACAUCCUCUAGAAUUGAUACAACA